AUGGCCGAAGACGUUGACGUUAGGUUUCUUGCGAUGGCGUUGGGUGACAAGAUGUGCUUAGGUGGGCAAUCGUUGCGUGAAGAUGGACAGAUGGCGUUGGGUGACAAGAUGUUCUUAGGUGGGCAAUCAUCGCGUGAGGAUGGACAAGAAAUUUUAUAA